GCAGCCGUCGCCAUUUCUAACGAAGCGGAUAGAGAUACAUAGAGAGAGAAAUUGUGAGAACGAGAGCAAUCGAAGAUGCAGAUCUUCGUCAAGACCCUAACCGGGAAGACGAUUACCCUUGAGGUAGAGUCAUCCGACACCAUCGACAAUGUCAAGGCAAAGAUCCAAGACAAGGAAGGAAUUCCUCCAGAUCAGCAGCGUCUGAUCUUCGCUGGAAAGCAGCUCGAAGAUGGACGAACCCUAGCUGAUUACAACAUCCAGAAGGAAUCAACUCUUCAUCUUGUUCUCCGUCUUCGCGGUGGUGCCAAGAAGAGAAAGAAGAAGACCUACACUAAGCCAAAGAAGUUGAAGCACAAGAAGAAGAAGGUGAAGCUCGCUGUUCUUCAGUUCUAUCAGGUUGAUGAGGCUGGCAAAGUUCAGAGGCUUCGUAAGGAGUGCCCUAACGCUGAAUGUGGAGCUGGAACUUUCAUGGCUAAUCAUUUCGAUCGUCAUUACUGUGGUAAGUGUGGACUCACCUAUGUUUACCAGAAGGCUGGAGGCGAUUGAAUUUAGGGAUCUAUCUAAUAUUGCCCCUUGAAAGACAGUUAGUAAACUUUCUUUAAUGUCUGUUUUGUUAUUCGUAUGAGGAUGUUUUACAAUUUUUCUUUUUUUGUUGCAAAUCGACUUUGGUUAAGUUUUGAAUGAUUGGUAUGAAUCUUUGUUCUUUAUGGUUUCAAAGGUUUCUUUUUUACUUGAU